AUGGAAGAUGGAGAAUCUACGCACGUGGAGACGUAUUUAGACUCUAUACGCCAAUGGGCAGAACAAAGGUCCAGAAAGGUCAAUGAAACAAACUUGGAAGCAUCUAAAGCGAGCAAAAAGAAGAUCCACACUUUGAGGCUCGACACGCUCAAAUGUGCUGUUCUCUGCCAUGCCGGACAUAUUUCAUUCUUGAACUCAAUAAUAGACUCUCCCCUUUGCAAGGUACCAUUAAAGAUGUAG